AUGGCCGCCGCCGCCGCCGCAGCCUCAACCUCCACCCUUCGUCCUGCUCUCUCCCAAGCAGCAGGGCCAGAGCAGAGCGCUUCACUGCUGUGCACACCGAAACACCGAGUUGCUGCCAGUGCCAGCAGGAGAAGCUUGAGAUUCACCGCUAGGGCCAGCUCGAAUCCGGGCGCCAAGGUGAGCAUCCCGAAGCAAUGGUACAACCUCAUCGCCGACCUGCCGGUGAAGCCGCCGCCACCGCUGCACCCGCAGACGCACCAGCCUCUGAAUCCCAGCGACCUCUCCCCUCUGUUCCCCGACGAGCUGAUCAGGCAGGAGGUCACCGACGAGCGCUUCGUCGACAUACCCGAGGAGGUCAUCGACGUGUACAAGCUCUGGCGCCCGACGCCCCUGAUCAGGGCCAGGAGGCUGGAGAAGCUGCUCGGCACGCCGGCGAAGAUCUACUACAAGUACGAGGGGACCAGCCCGGCGGGGUCGCACAAGCCCAACACCGCCGUGCCGCAGGCGUGGUACAACGCCGCGGCAGGGGUGAAGAACGUGGUCACCGAGACCGGCGCCGGCCAGUGGGGCAGCGCGCUGUCCUUCGCCAGCAGCCUCUUCGGCCUCAACUGCGAGGUGUGGCAAGUGCGCGCGUCGUUCGACCAGAAGCCGUACCGGAGGCUGAUGAUGGAGACGUGGGGCGCCAAGGUGCACCCGUCGCCGUCGACGGCGACGGAGGCCGGCAAGAAGAUCCUGGAGGCGGACCCGUCCAGCCCCGGCAGCCUCGGGAUCGCUAUCUCCGAGGCGGUGGAGGUGGCGGCCACCAACGCCGACACCAAGUACUGCCUGGGCAGCGUGCUCAACCACGUCCUCCUCCACCAGACCGUCAUCGGGGAGGAGUGCCUGGAGCAGCUGGCGGCGCUCGGCGAGACGCCCGACGUCGUCAUCGGCUGCACCGGCGGCGGGUCCAACUUUGGCGGGCUCGCGUUCCCGUUCUUGCGCGAGAAGCUGCGCGGCAACAUGAGCCCCGCGUUCAGGGCCGUGGAGCCCGCGGCGUGCCCCACGCUCACGAAGGGCGUCUACGCCUACGACUUCGGCGACACGGCCGGGCUCACGCCGCUGAUGAAGAUGCACACCCUCGGCCACGGCUUCGUCCCCGACCCGAUCCAUGCAGGUGGGCUUCGCUACCAUGGAAUGGCACCUCUGAUCUCGCACGUGUACGAGCUGGGCUUCAUGGACGCCAUCGCGAUACAGCAGACUGAAUGCUUUCAAGCUGCCUUGCAAUUCGCCAGGACGGAGGGAAUCAUCCCGGCGCCGGAACCGACGCACGCGAUCGCGGCGGCGAUCAGGGAGGCGCUGGAGUGCAAGCGGACCGGAGAGGAGAAGGUCAUCCUGAUGGCCAUGUGCGGCCACGGCCACUUCGACCUCGCCGCGUACGAGAAGUACCUGAGGGGCGACAUGGUCGAUCUCUCGCACCCGGCGGAGAAGCUAGAGGCCUCCCUCGCUGCCGUGCCCAAAGUCUGA